AUGGCUUCUCAUGAUAAUGUCCAUAAACUACUAGGAUGUUGCCUUGAGACUACAUUUCCGGUUCUUGUUUAUGAGUGGAUGGCAGCUAAAACUCUUGAAGAUCGUAUAUUACUCAAAGAUGAGAACCAUAACAAGCUACCUCUAUUAGAGUGGAAGGACAAGCUAAGGAUAGCAGGGGAAAUAUCUCAUGUUAUAUCCGAUUGUCACACAGCUUAUCAUAGGCCUAUCAUCCUUAGGAACUUUGAACUGGAUAGUGUUUUCCUAGACCAAGACAACACUGCAAAAUUAUCCAACUUCAGUCGUGUUUCUAUUCCUAUCGAUGGGGAAUUAUUGGUAGCAGAUUUUGGAAAAGAGACCAGGUAUUCAAAAUGGGUGGCACCUGAAUAUCAACAUCCUGGAAGAGUGGCAGAAAGUAUAGAUGUUUACUCAUUUGGCGUGCUUUGGCUUGUGCUCUUGUUUGGAAAGAAUGCUAUAUUGCUAGAUACCCAUAUGAAUUUAUGUAUAUGGUCAUUGCAAUGCUUCAAAGAUAACCGCAUUAGCGAGAUUCUAGGUCCUGCAAUUACUAGAAAAGGGGUGUCAGGAAUUGAAGACCAGCAGCUGAGUGCAUUUAUACAGCUCACAUUCAUGUGUAUGGCAAGAGAAGUUUACAGUAGACCAACUAUGGUGGAGAGAGAGGACAUAUACCAGAUUUUCAGACGAAGCAGAGAAGACAUUUUAAGGAACGAAUCUAUGGUACUUGCAGAAAGCACUUCCUUGUUUCAUGGCAGAGUAGACCCUAUACGUUACUUCUCAGUUGAUGAACUUAACAACAUGAAUGUCGAGUUCUAUAUUAGUGAGGAGUUGUCCAUAAACAAUCUUGAUACGUGGGAUACAUGGUCAUGGCUAAAACAUUUUUCAUGGUACCGAGGUUUUUGGGAAGGAAGAGCUGUUUUUGUAAGACUAUCAAGUGGUAUAUUUAAGGAUCCAACAUCUGCUAAUAAGUUCUUAAAGAUGCUAUCGCAUGAAAUUGUGGUUGCUACACAGAUGGCUGCUCAUAAUAAUGUCCAUAAACAGACUACUAGGAUGUUGCCUUGA